CGGCAACUAAUUUUGUUUGAAUUCUGUAAAUGUCAUUCACAUUUUGAGUUUUGACACUUUAGAAAAGAUGGCUGGUGUGCUGGCGAGAGUAAUUCAGAGGACAAAAUCGCAAUUGGGCAUUGCUGGCCCACUGGUGAGUGUCAGCAAUGGUCAGAAGCGGUUCCAAGGUCAGCAACAGCAGCCUGCGGGCAAGGAGCGUGGUGGGCCACUGUCAGAUUGUGACAGGGUGUUCACCAACCUGUAUGGGCGACAUGACUGGAGGUUGAAGGCUGCGAUGUGCCGCGGUGACUGGUACAUGACCAAGGAAAUAUUGCUGAAGGGCACCGACUGGAUUGUCAAUGAACUGAAGGUGUCAGGUCUCCGUGGUCGCGGUGGCGCCGGUUUCCCUACCGGCAUGAAGUGGUCAUUCAUGAACAAGCCUUCCGAUGGACGUCCAAAGUACCUCGUCGUGAACGCUGAUGAAGGAGAGCCGGGGACCUGCAAGGACAGAGAGAUCAUGAGACACGAUCCUCAUAAGCUGGUGGAAGGGUGUCUCAUUGCUGGUCGAGCUAUCGGAGCUAUUGCUGCUUAUAUUUAUAUUAGAGGAGAGUUUUAUAAUGAAGCCAGUAAUCUGCAGGUUGCUAUUGCUGAGGCCUACCAAGCAGGUCUCAUCGGCAAGAACGCAUGCGGUUCCGGUUACGAUUUCGACGUGUUCGUGCACCGCGGCGCCGGCGCGUACAUCUGCGGCGAGGAGACCGCGCUCAUCGAGUCCAUCGAGGGCAAGCAGGGCAAGCCCAGGCUGAAGCCCCCAUUCCCUGCCGAUGUGGGCCUGUUCGGAUGCCCUACGACUGUCAACAAUGUGGAGACUAUUUCGGUGUCACCAACGAUCUGCCGUCGCGGCGGCGCAUGGUUCGCCUCCUUCGGUCGUCUCCGCAACCACGGCACCAAGCUGUUCAACAUCUCCGGGCACGUGAACACUCCCUGCACGGUGGAGGAGGAGAUGAGCAUCCCCCUCAAGGAGCUGAUUGAGAGGCACGCGGGAGGAGUGGUGGGGGGAUGGGAUAACCUGCUGGCUAUCAUCCCCGGAGGAUCGUCGACCCCGCUCAUUCCUAAGCACGUCUGCGACACAGUUCUAAUGGACUUCGACGCACUAGUAGCGGCUCAAUCAGCCUUCGGUACCGCAGCUAUCAUCGUAAUGGACAAGUCCACAGACAUCGUGAAGGCCAUCGCCCGCCUCAUCAUGUUCUACAAGCACGAGUCCUGCGGACAGUGCACGCCGUGCAGAGAGGGAGUCUCGUGGAUGAACAAGAUUAUAUACAGAAUGGUCGAAGGAAACGCGUCACCUAAAGAAAUCGACAUGUUAUGGGAAAUCUCCAAACAAAUUGAAGGCCACACAAUCUGCGCCCUGGGCGACGGUGCAGCGUGGCCAGUCCAGGGCCUCAUCCGUCACUUCAGGCCCGAGCUCGAGCGUCGCAUGGCGGCCUACGCCAGCGCCUACGGGCCCAGCAAGGCCGAGCGACUAUACUAGACUACACUAGACUACUUACCACUUGUAUCACUGACUCACUGUGUUAUAUACGAGCUGUUGUUUUGUGUUGGGGAGGGGAACGUACUGUAAGGGAAGUAAAGGUGAUAUUAGACACUUCAUAUUUCCUAGCCAUGUGAACGUAGAAUGAAGAAUUCAGUGGAAUGAACGUUCGCUCGAGUGAAGGGUCUGAUACCACCUUUAUGGACAGUUAUUUUUAUAAAAUAAAUUAAACAUUGUUGGUAUUGCCGCCACUGAUUUUAAAGUCAAAAGAAAGUUUCAGGGGUUAAAUGAUGGAUAGAUAAAAUAAAGAAUUUGCUAUUUGCAAAAAAAAUGGUUCGAGAAGGUGAGAUUUUUUAACAACAAAAUUGCAAUAGCAUCACCAUAAUACAGAAAGCAUCUGAAAAAUGUAAAAAUAACACAAAUUUCGGCGAAAUAUUGGAUAAUAACAUCGUACUACGAAGCGAUAAGAACUGUCAAACUUUGAUUGAUAUGAUCGAAUACACAAAUAAAUAUGCAAAGAGAGUAUUAUUUUGAAUACUUCAGUCAGAAUUUGCGUCGUAGAAUACUUUCAAAAUAUUUACAUAAGAAUUAAAAGGGUUUAUAGGCAAGAUGGCUAUUUCACAACACAUUGCAACAGUUUCCAACGUAGUUAGUGUGACGUCGAGGGCUUAACCUCGAUAAUUUGUCACUAUCGCUAUUUAUUAUAUUUUUAUCUUAUUCCCUGGACUUUCUAUAUGAUUUUUUUUAUAUUUUUUCCUGAUAGUCCACUCAGAAAUGUGCAUUGUCAUUUCCGUUUUUAAAGAUUUUUUAUCUGUGAAAUACGAGAUUGUUAACUGUACAGAAUUUUGAACAAUUCUGCGUUAAGUCAGGCUCAAGUUCACCGACAGCAUAAACGUCAUUAAAACAAUAGUUUACAAUGAAUUUUCACUAUCAGCUUUCAAAGUAAAUAGUCAUUUAAAGACGUUUAUUUAGUGGGUAAAAUUGGCCUCAAAAUGUGUCUCAUACAUUAAAUAUUGCGCAGUUACCUGUAUUCUUAACAAUGUGGUCAUCAUGUACAAUUAUCAUACAAACGAAUAUUUUUCCUGUACGUAUAUUUCAUAACAGAGCUGCAUACAAAUUAAUGUUACCUGGAAUAAAUUCACAAUCUUUGACUCAUAUAACUACACCGUAAUAAUUCGCAUACGGGUGAUCAAGUAAUAUAGUUAAUUUUGUAUAAUAUUGUAAUUAGAAAUAAAAUGUUCUGAGAUUUA